AUGAGAGAAAUAAAAUACUGUUACACAUGUCAAGGGAUAUGGGCCUGCUGUGGAGAAACAUGUUACUACUUUUCAGAAGACAUGAAGACAUGGGAUGACAGUGAGGCUUCUUGCAGACACCUGGGUUCUAGUCUCACGAAGAUUGGCAACAGAAGGGAGAAGAGCAUUAUUCAAAUACAAUUGACAUUCCGCUCUUGGGUUGGAUUACGUAAAAAAGGAAGUCAACUCCAGUGGGUACACCAGAAGGACACAACACUUUCUUCCGAUUUGGAUUUUCAUGAAAAUCAUUUAGCAGAUGCAGAGUGUGGAUUCCUCGAGCCAGUGGGAUUGAGCAGAAGAAGUUUACCUGCUUGUGACUUCGAAGAAUUGGUAAAAUCACAAUGUUUAUCCUUUAAUGGUUAUCAGUAA